AAUUUUAAUAAUCCAAUAAUAAUUUUAAAUUAACCUCAGCAUCUCUGUCAUUUGACUCUCUCUCGGGGUUGCUGUGACCGCAAGCAAGUGGUCGUGAGUUCGAGUCUCCCAAAAGCAAGUUGGUAAGUUCUUGGAGGCAACUAUACCGGGAUCUAUUUGGAAAUAGUCUUUGUAACUUAGCGUAGGGGUAAGGUUUGCGUACACGCUAGUCUUUCCAGAUCUCACUAAUUGGGAUUAUACUGUGUUGUUGCUGUUUUUGUCGUUUUCUUUAUACUCUCCUAAAAACACUUUCAACUCAACUCAACUCAACUCUGCAUUUGAUUUAAAAGUGCCAAUAAAAGUUUCCUCUGGACCCCAAAAAAAGAGAAACAUUUGGCUAGUAAAUUGGUAAAAAUGAGGUUUUUACAUAGCCAAAUGAAGUGAGAAUUAUAUUGUUUCCUAUUCACUUGAGUUCAAAAUAUCAAAGACCCAAUUCAUAUUGAACAGAAAUGCAAUGACCCUUUUCAUUUGAGCUCAAGAUUUGCUCAUAUGAAGUUGAAAUCUGGUAUUCCUGGUACUUUUGGCUAAUGGGUAUUGGUUUUCUUGAUUUCUGUUUAUGAUUUAGUUGAAAAAGUUUUGAUUUUUCAUUAACAUAGAGUGUCAUUGGUUGAUUUUAUAUCAGUUCUUGCUUACAAGAAUGUUUGGAAUGAUUAGAAAUUGAGCUGUGAUUAGUUGAGUAAUCAACCACUUGACUCUUGUUGUUAAAUGAGUCAAGUGUUUGUAUUUCUGCUGCAAAUCCUCAAAAAGGACUGAUUUUGCUGUAGUUUUUAGGUAGUUUGAAAUUGUAUUGAAUAUAUCAAUACCGAGCAUAGUGUUUUGAGAAAAAGAUAGUAUAUAGCACAUGAACAAGCAUGGAGUAUUUAUCUGUUCUGAUAUUUUCAGAUUUUUUUAGAUGAGUUUUAGCUAUGUAUUCUUUUAGAAGUUAAGUUCAUAUUGAAUUAUUUGGUAUGAUGAGGACAUGAGUUGAGCUUAAAUGGAGAAACAUGGUCAAUGAGGAUUCAUAUAGCCGACCGCGACUUGUUUGGGACUGAGAUGUAGUUGUUGUUGUUGUUCAUAUUGAUUUAAUUUUGCUUACCAGUUGGAGUGAAGGUAUUUUAAGCAAAUCAAUGGCUUCAAUAAGAAGAGCAUUGUCCCCAGUACCUCGCCCGGGGAAUAGAAUUAAUGGGGAAGCAUGUUCUGUUGCGUCGCCAUUGUCCAAGUCAUCGUCGUGUAAUCAAAGUUAUACACCGGCUGCAGGGGUUUUGCAUUCUUUUUUUGGUUCAUUGGAUUAUGCAUUCUAUAAAGUUCGGACAUUUGUAGUUGGUGUUUUGUCGCGAAGAUCAUCUAGGACAUUAGAGAGGUCAAAGCUAAAGGGCCAAAUUUGGAGGAAAGCACUUCUCCAAUUUUUUAUGUGCUUUGUUCUUGGAGUUUUUAUUGGCCUCACUCCAUUUGUUUCUCUGAAUUUGUCAGCAAAUAUAAUGUCGAAACAUAAAGCUUUCUCCUUUGAGGUGUUCCACUCUUACGAAAAUGGCCGCUUAUUUGAUGAUUUGUCUAGGAAUAUGGCAUCAUCUGUAAACAGCUCGGCUUUCCUUGAUAAUUCUACGUCAACGACUAAUAAAUUAUACAGUGAAUUGAAAGCUGAAAUUGCCGUCAAUGCGUCUGUUAACCAAUCACUUGAUCAAGAUUUGACGGCGUCAAGAAAACUUUUGAUCAUUGUAACGCCAACAGAAGUUCGGUCAUUUCAACCUUACAAUCUAAACCGUUUAUCCCACACGUUAAGAUUAGUCCCACCUCCUUUGUUGUGGAUAGUUGUGGAGAUGGACUUUCAGUCAACGGAGACAGCUAAUAUAUUGAGGAGAACCAGAGUUAUGUACAGGCAUCUCGUAUGCAAGAAGAACUCCACCAUAGUGAAGGAUAAAAGUGUGAACCUAAGGAAUGUGGCACUAAACCACAUUGAAACACACCAUCUUGAUGGGAUUGUUUACUUCGCAGAUGAUUCCAACAUAUACUCAAUUGAUGUCUUUGAACAAAUGCGGCAGAUCAGCCAGUUCGGGACAUGGGUUGUGGCAAGACUAUCUGAAAAUAAUAGGAAAGUUAUCUUGCAGGGUCCAAUCUGUAAUGGCUCUCAGGUUAUAGGUUGGCAUACAGAUGGAACGGCAAAAAGAUUCCAGAGAUUCUACGCUGAAAUAUCAGGAUUUGCAUUCAAUAGUACAGUACUUUGGGAUCCAAAGAGGUGGAGUCGGCCAACACUAGAGCCCAUUAGGCAGCUCGAUAUAGUUAAAGGUGGCUUGCAAGUGAGCGCAUUUAUUGAACAAGUUGUGGAAGAUGAAAGCCAAAUGGAAGGCUUUCCGACGCACUGCUCAAGAAUCAUGGUUUGGCAAUUCAACACAGAGCCAUUGGUAAGGAGUUACAGGGGCACUAUUACUGCAAGUGUGUGACAAUGUCGACAUAUACAGACUGCACUUGUACAAUGAAACAAGGGAGAAAUAGUUAAGAUUAUGAGCAUCUACUGCAAAUAUAUAUCCUGACUGUCCGCUGGUGGUUACAGGAAUGCUGCCUCCCCACUUUUCUUGUUACAAGGGAACAUUUCUGUACAGUUUCUGAGUUCGUCGCACUUUAUACAUCUGGCUACUAAGUGGAAAACCACAGUAAGCCAGGUUGUUAACUGAUUGGUGAGAAGAUAUCAUUGUCAUCUACACAAAUGUAGAGUUGCAAGUAUCCGGCCAAGUCUUCAGACUAAAGAUUUUUCGAAAUACAACUAAAUGGUCCAAUGGAGGAUUCAACCCCAUUGAGCAGCUUGCAGAUUAGUUGCUAGACUUAGCUUUGCAAGAUUGACUGUAAUGUUAAUGCUUUCUUGAAGUAUAUUGUGUACUAGAGGUUUCAUUUUUAUGGCUGUUCUUUUAAAGAGCUAAGGAGAGGUUUUCUUGAUUGUAAGAUGAAAACUACAACAACGACGACCCCAGUGUAAUCCCACACAGUGGGGUCUUGGCAGGGUAGUGUAUACGCAGACCUUACCCUUACCUUGUGGAGAUAGAGUGGUUGUUUUCAAUUGUAAGAUGAAAAUGUAACACGAAACAUCCUAGCUAAGCAGAAAUGAGCCAAUUCGAUUGAUGGUGCGAACACAGUUUCGUUCUUGUCAACUUCCAAAAUCUGUCAUUUUUAUCCUG